AUGAGGGUAGCAGCUCUGAUCAGUGGUGGGAAGGACAGCUGUUAUAAUAUGAUGCAGUGCGUUGCUGCUGGGCAUCAGAUUGUUGCUUUAGCAAAUCUAAGACCUGAUGAAAACCAAGCAGGGUCAGAUGAACUGGAUAGCUACAUGUAUCAGACAGUGGGUCACCAUGCCAUUGAUUUGUAUGCGGAAGCAAUGGCUCUGCCCCUCUAUCGCCGUACCAUCAGGGGAAAGAGCGUGGAUACGGGACCAGUGUACGCCAAAUGUGAAGGUGAUGAGGUUGAAGAUCUCUAUGAGCUUUUGAAACUUGUUAAGGAAAAAGAAGAAGUAGAGGGAAUAUCAGUAGGUGCUAUACUCUCUGACUAUCAGCGUGUUCGAGUAGAAAAUGUGUGUAAAAGGCUUAAUCUCCAGCCUUUAACUUACCUUUGGCAGAGAAACCAGGAAGAUUUGCUCCAAGAGAUGAUAUCAUCUAACAUUCAAGCAAUCAUCAUAAAAGUUGCAGCUCUAGGUUUAGAUCCAGAUAAGCAUCUUGGAAAAACCUUGGAUCAAAUGGAGCCCCAUCUCUUAGAGCUUUCUAAGAAAUAUGGAGUCCAUGUUUGUGGAGAAGGUGGAGAAUAUGAAACGUUCACUUUGGAUUGCCCUCUAUUUAAGAAGAAAAUAAUUGUAGAUUCAUCAGAAGUAGUCACACAUUCAGCUGAUGCAUUUGCACCUGUGGCUUACCUACGCUUUUUAGAAUUGCACUUGGAGGAUAAGGUGUCCCCAGUACCUGACAACUGCAGAACAUCUAAUUAUAUACAUAACUCUUGA